GCUAAGAAGGGUGAAAGAUAAGAAGCGACAUUUGGAGUGUCCCACCUACUCUAUUACCACCUUUAUUUUCCCCCCCUUUCUCACUCCCUCCAUCCCCCAUCGCUGCCUUGGUUUUCCAUCUCUCCGCCCUGCUCUGCCCUGCACUGCCCUCUCCUCGAUUCCGUCGUUUCCCUCUCUCUCUCUCUCUCUCUCUCUCUCUCAUUCUUUUUGGCAGUAAUGGCAGUGCCUCAUCAGUGCCACUGCAACAACAAAAGAGGACGACGAGAGUUUUCAUCGGGAAGGUAAAAAAAAAAGACCCAACGAAAAAAAAUUGAAGCUUUGCCACUAUCCUCUUAACCCAUCUCCUUCGCUCUCUCAAAAACUUGAAACAAACGCAACCCACCGAAGAAGAAGAGGAAAAAACACUAAAGGUGGGGACUUUAAUCUGUUUGAUACAUUUAAACCAAUACCUCCAACGCCAGGCUUUUCCAGUUUCAUUGAUGAACAACUCGGAUCUUUCUUAAAAGAACCCAAAAGCCUGAACUUUUCGAAGCUAAAAUCCCGGGAGUCUAAAAACAAAACUGGGUUUAUUAGGAGAGAGACGCACGGAUUUUGUUCGUUGUUGUUGUUAUCAAUGGAUGGUCCAAGUGGGAGUUCUUCAGGUGGAGGUAUGAUGAAUUUUGUUGAUCAAAACAGUCAUAAUGGGUUUAGUUCCAUGAUGAUGAUGAUGCCCUUGAUGUCCUCCUCUCAUCAACAACAACAUCACCAGGGAGAUGCAUGUAGCUCGUUUCUUCCUCCUCCUCCGCCGCCGCCUAAUUACACCAACAAUAACACUUCUAAUUCAAUUUCUUACUUCUUGGGUGAAACCAACAGCAACAUCAACAUCAACGAGGGUAGUAAUGGUAAUUCCUGUUGUGAAUUGAAGGCCAAAAUCAUGGGUCAUCCCCACUACCAUCGCCUCCUUGUUGCCUAUGUCAAUUGCCGGAAGGUGGGGGCGCCGCCGGAAGUGGUGGCGAGGCUUGAACAAGCGUGUGCUUCUGCAGCAACAAUGAGUGGUACGUCUUGUAUUGGACAAGAUCCGGGGCUUGACCAGUUCAUGGAGGCUUACUGUGAGAUGCUCACCAAAUAUGAACAAGAACUUUCUAAACCCUUUAGGGAUGCCAUGCUUUUUCUUCAACGAAUUGAGUGCCAAUUCAAAGCUCUCUCUAUCUCCUCCUCCUCCGAUGCUGGUUGCGGUGAGGCAUUUGAUAGGAACGGAUCAUCUGAAGAGGAAGUUGAUAUGAAUGGGCAGUCGAUUGACCCCUGGGCGGAAGACCAUGAACUGAAAGGUCAACUCCUCCGAAAAUACAGCAGAUACUUGGGCAGUCUGAAGCAAGAAUUCAUGAAGAAACGGAAGAAAGGGAAGCUACCAAAGGAGGCCAGGCAACAGCUCCUGGAUUGGUGGAGCAGACAUUACAAAUGGCCUUAUCCAUCCGAAUCACAGAAGGUAGCUUUAGCUGAAUCAACUGGGUUAGACCAAAAGCAAAUCAACAACUGGUUCAUCAACCAGAGAAAAAGACACUGGAAGCCAUCUGAAGACAUGCAGUUUGUGGUGAUGGAUGCUGCUCAUCAUCAUCCUCAGUAUUACAUGGACUCCGUCUUGGGGAAUCCUUUUCCAUUUGAUAUCUCUCCCACUCUUCUCUAAUUAUUAAAUUUCCUUUUUAUAUAAUGUCAUGUAUAUGUAUAUGAUGAUGAUGAUGGUGUUGAUGGCGAUCGCCUGUAUGGAUGUAUGAUGGAUGUUUCAAUUUGUUUGACAGAACAUAUAUAUAUCACUUUGCCAUUUGUUGGUUA